AAUUUAGGAUAGACAACUGGGCCGACCAUUUGUUUACAUUCGUAACAUAUUUUUAAAAAUAUUUACAUUUUAAUUAUGUCAUUUAUUCAAAGUGGCACAUGAGAAACAGUCUGCCACUCUACUACCGUUGAUUACGUUCGACUGUUGCUGAUUAUAUACACUUAAAAACUCAUCGGUGACCGUUCCACAACCACUAGCCUGUACUGCUGUAGAUAGCUAACAGCUCUCAAGAACGGUAAUCAUUAUGGCCCUUCCAACUAUUCCUCAAUAUUGGACGACACGGAAAAAUGUCUACGAACAAAACAUCGUGCGACGACGAAAUAAUGACACAGAUUUUAGACAGAAAUGGUCAAAUACAUCAAACUACUUUUUAAAGAAUGAUAUUGAGAUGACAAAACAGAGGGCUUGGGAGUCGGAAGAUUCCAAAAAUGAUAGCUUUGCUGCCUACCGUAAGGGUAAAGACGAUGAACAGAAGAAGAGAAAACUGGAGAAAAGGCGGAUAAAGUUGGCCCAAAUGCUCAAAGAAGAAAGGGACCAGUAUGAGGCCGAACUAAAAGGAUAUUCGAAAGAUAACUACACAAGGAUUGAUGAGAUGAAGGAUAGAGUAGACACACUACGCAGUGCAAGGGAAGAAAAGCGGAAAAAUGUUGCUCAAGAAAAGUUAUACGAACACUGGAGGCAGAACAAUCCAGACAUGAGGAAGAUAGAAUCAGAGCAGCUGAAGGAUUAUGUUGUGGACCAGUGGCAGGGACAGGUGGUAGAGAAACAUGAGCGCCUGGACUCUGCACGGAAGGAGCGUGAGGCCCUGGAAGCUGAAAUGGAGGAGGAACGACAAGCGGCAAUGGCUCGAGACCGACAGAGGAUGGAGGAGAAAGUGGAGGAAGAGAGACGCUUUAAGGAGACGCUCAAACAACAGAUGCUUGAGUUACGUGCACGGGAUGCAGAGGCUGAAAUGUUACGCAAGGAGGAGGAAGAACUGGCCCGGCAACAAUGGGAGCUUGAGGAUCUCGAGGAUCAGCGCAGGAAAAUGGAGGAGGUCCGCAAAAACCAGGACUUUGGGCGUGUUUUGUUAAAACAGCACAUCGCACAAAUGAGGCGGCACUCGAAACAAGUUCAGGAAGAAUUGGAGUUGGACCGUCAGAUCCUGGCCGCCCUGGUGGAGAAAGAGGAGGAAUUACAACAGGCCCAGACUGCCCGUCGGGAGAAGGCCCAGGCUGAUGCCUCGUGGAUGAUGAAGGUUGUUGAGGAUCAAAUCAAGGUAGAGAAAGCCCGAGAGGCCGAGCUGGAUCUCCUCUAUCAGGACGAGGCAGCUCGUAUGUGGCAGAAGAGGGAGGCCGAGUGGGAAAAGGAGAGACGGGCACGGGAACGACUCAUGAGGGAGGUUAUGGAGGCUCGAAGUGACCAGAUUGAUGAUCGAAUGGAACAGGUACGUCAACGGAAGGCAGAGUCAAUUGAACAUCGGGAGCAACUUCUCCGUGAGCUGGAAAUCGCAAACCAACUCACAAAACGGGAUGUCCAGAAACAGGAGGCUGAGAAGGAACAACUUAAGCUGGAUUUGAGGGAACAGUUGACUGCGCGGAAGGCUGUGGAGGAGGAUGUGCGUGAUGCGGAGUCGCGGGCCCUGGCAGAGCAGCAAGCUGAGGAGCAAGAGUACAUGGACUUCUUGCAGCAGGAAACACAGCGACUCAAACUGCGGGGUUUCACCCCCAGGCGUCACGGAAAACAGGCUUGGACAUAGGACAGUCACUCUGCGGAAUAUGUAACUGUAUCUAAGCUAGACUUUCAUCACCCUGGGGAAUAGGUUACAACUGGAAGCACAGAUCUGUGAUAUUAGUGAAACCUAUUUGGUUUGUGCACUCAGCGACCAACUCUACUCUUAUUAUUUUGUGUCUAGGUAGAUUAGAUUCUACUUAACAAGUUAAGAUAUGUCAAGAAAAGUUGAAACAUGUUUAAAUCCUAUAUGUUGUAAAAUCUACUGAUAAUGGUGUUUUCUUGUGAAAACUUAUAUACUUACAAGUACUUAAUGCAACUAUGUUGUACGGUAUUUGACUAUAAAAUGUAUAAUAUGUAGUUUCAUUUACUGGAUUAAAACACUAAGAAGACACAUUAUUACAUAGUAAAAUACAUUAUAAUGACGCACUAUUUUGUUUUAUGACGUCAAUUUAACAUCGCACAAUGAUACUUGUUAUGAUGUGACAUCAGCAGAAUUGUAUUUUGCAAUAUGUAUAGGUUGAAGAUUUAUGAUGAGUUUAAUAUAAAUGAAGAUUCACUUCAGAAACACUCCAUUCUUUGAAUCAUCCCAAAGUUUUAGACUUUUUACAUCUCACUGACAAUAGUGACAUUUAAAAAAAAGGGUAUCAUUAUGAUCUAUUUUGUUCCACUUUGUAGCACAACCAGCAAAAAUAGGUCUUAUUGAUGAUAUUUAAAUUGUCAGUCUUUGGCAUCCUAUCAAACAUUUUAUUUAUUAAAAAAUGUAACAUGGACCUUAAACAUAAUGUCACACCAUGGACACUUCAACUCCAUUCUUAGUCACAGAAAAUGAUGACAUCACAUUUCCCGAUUACAUCAAAUGUACUUUUUACUACAAGGACCUAUUUCUGGUUGCUGUGGCCUCCUUUAACAACCUAGGUGUUAUUUGUACAUUAGUAGAUGUUUGAACACUAUUCAUCAUUACAAGAUAUCUCCUUGCAUAGCAUCUACAGAUAUCAUUCUACAUCAGGUUAUCUGUCAUCUUCAUUUUAAAAUAUAUUUCAUUUGUGUUUUCAUUUCAGUUUUAUAUUCAAAUGUGAUAUUUAUUUUAUUAUUAAAUUAUUUGAUGCUUGA